CGAAUAGUGGACGUCGGAAGCAUUUUAAGCGCAGGCGCUUUGCGUCAGGAAGGGCAGUUCCAUAGCAACCAAAAAGAACAACAUGGCAAAAGCAACAACUAUUAAAGAGGCCUUGGUCAAAUGGGAGGAGAAAGCGAAAGAAAAGGCGAGUGAGGCCACAGCAGUCAAGCUUUACAGUCAGAUCCCUCCCAUUGAGAAAAUGGAUGCAUCUCUCUCCAGUCUUGUCAACUGCGAGAGAUUAUCCUUAUCCACAAACUGCAUCGAAAAAAUUGCCAACUUGAAUGGCUUAAAGAACCUUAAAAUACUGUCCUUGGGGAGGAAUAACAUCAAAAACCUUAAUGGACUUGAGGCAGUUGGUGAUACAUUGGAGGAGUUGUGGAUCUCUUAUAACCUCAUAGAAAAGCUGAAAGGGAUUCAUGUCAUGAAGAAACUUAAAGUCCUGUAUAUCUCCAACAACUUGGUCAAGGAGUGGGGUGAGUUCCUGAAGCUGGCAGACCUUCCAUCAUUGGUGGACCUCGUAUUUGUGGGAAACCCAUUAGAAGAAAAAUAUGCUGCUGAUGGUAACUGGAUAGAGGAGGCUACUAAAAGGCUUCCCAAGCUUAAAAAACUAGAUGGCAACCCAGUAAUCAAGCGAGAGGAAGAGGAAACCGAAGGGGAAAGUUAAUGCACAUUUUUUAAAAUAUUGAACUUGGUAUAUUUUUGCAGUUCAAACACCAGCAUUUUAGCGAUGAAAAGUUUGUGCAAUAUUUCAAUUUUUUUUAUUAUUUCUUAUUGUGUAUUUAUAUAAGCUAAAGAGCUACAUUGACUUUCUUAGACUUGAACACUAUUGGAAGAGAAAAGCACAAAUAUGUUUUAGCACAAGAAGAAAUUUAUAAUUUAUGGAUUGUACGGGAGGACAUAAUAAAUGAUACUAAUUGAAAUAUUUUAUAAAUAAUAAAGCGGUAAACUCUUUAUGCAGGUCUCACUACUCU